CGCAGAGUAGACCAAUCAUCGUCCACGCUACGGAGUGUCCUUGCGGAAUACGACCAUCACUCCUGUUCCUACCCAUGUCUUCUUUUAAGGCAGGCACUCCUUUCCAGAAGGCCAAAAUGCCUAGAAUAAGAACGUUGGCUAGGAACACGACGGCGAAGAAGGCAUCGUUGCACUUGGCGGUAGGAGCCUCGAGACGCAUGCUACUGACGGCGCUGGAAGGCGGCGAGCGGCGCUCUUUGCCACCGCUGGGGCUCAGGAGCAUCGGGUCCGUCUCGCUCACGGGCGCGUACAUGGCUUCAGAGUCCGAGUCCGAGUCGGAAGUGAUCGCGGGAGCGGAAGCGACGUACGUCUUGGCGACUGAUUGAGUGAGUGAACUCACGGACUUGGCGGGUUUCGAUUGGCGGAAGGUUUUCUGUGAAGAAUCUUCAGAUGGUGAAAAAAAGAGAAGUUGAUGUGGUGUACACUAUACUUGAUACGCUCUUUGAUUGGCUAUUUUUCGAUUGAUUCUGUUCCUGAAGAGUGAUGGCAGAUGCUGCCAAAGCGGGUAAUGGUGCGGCGGUUGUGAGGCCUCUGGGGCCGGCGAAAGUGACUCUGCAGUUUGUGGCUGUGGGUAACGCGCCGCUCAUGAAGCGCACCAAGUUCACCGUCAGCGGUCAAGACCAGCUCAGCGUCGUGUACAAGUUUUUAAGGAAGCAACUGCGUCUCAAAGACAACGAAUCAUUGUUUGUGUAUUGCAACAGCUCAUUCGCGCCAUCUCCUGACCAGAGACUGAGCUCGUUAUUUGAGGUACCAUUCGUUGAAUUGCCUCAUUGAAGCGGACGCCAUAGCUUAUUAAUGUUGUGCUGGACGAUAGAGCUUUCAAGUGGGUGACGUUCUGGUGCUUAACUACAGUCUCACGCAGGCGUGGGGAUAAGAAGAAUCAUAACAGUUGAAUGGUAGAAAUAUAUUGUAAAGGGCAGUGUGGAAAUACAUUAGACUGACCCAACCAGAGCUUCCACCUCUGCACGAGAAGCUUCGUGACGCUGUUGCAGUAGUCGCAGCUCGGCGUUAAGUUCGUCAUCUUCCGAGUCAUCGUCCACCACAACAUUUGGGUUCUUUGGCUUUGGGAUCUGCGUGCGUGAAGCUCUCGGGUUGGUUGUCUGGAUCUCCUCAGCUGAGUCCGAUCUCUGCGAUAGUCGGGGCUUUGGGACGCGUUUAGCGAAGGCCAGUCCUUUUUCCCGACUCGACUUUGGUUUUAGGUUUGCUGGCUGUUCUUUCGAUAUGUCGGUGGGUUUCUUGGAGGCAUUCUUGUUAAUAACCCGCAGAUUCUGUGAGAACGCUUUAAUUCGUUCAUUCUUCGCUCGCUUCUCGACUAGUUCGUCGGUGUUUAAGUCCGGUUGAAGCUUCCCUAGUUCGUAGUAUCCGUCCGGUUUUUCCU